GAAAAGGUCGAUUGAAAUACGAAACAUUUACCAGGGCACAGUCCCAAACUCCAAACUUCUACUCUUUCUCUCUCUAGUUUCUCUCUCUAAACUCUCCGAUGGCGCCAGAACCAGAAGACAUCAAGGAUGAGAAGAACCCUAGACCCCUUGACGAGGACGACAUCGUCAUCAUGAAGACCUAUGGAUUAGGGCCGUACUCGAAGCACAUUAAGCAAGCAGAGAAAGAAGUAAAGGAUUUGGCUAAAAAGGUCAAUGACUUGCGCGGUAUUAAGGAGUCCGACACUGGGUUGGCUGCACCCAGCCAGUAUGAUCUUGUUUCCGACAAGCAGAUGAUGCAGGAGGAACAGCCUCUUCAGGUGGCUAGAUGUACAAAGAUUAUCAAUCCCAAUUCCGAGGAUGCUAAAUACGUCAUUAAUGUCAAACAAAUUGCCAAGUUUGUUGUGGGUCUGGGUGACAAGGUUUCCCCAACGGAUAUAGAAGAAGGCAUGCGUGUGGGGGUUGAUAGGAACAAGUAUCAAAUUCAGAUUCCUUUGCCUCCAAAAAUUGAUCCAAGUGUGACCAUGAUGACCGUGGAAGAGAAGCCAGAUGUGACAUAUAAUGAUGUUGGUGGAUGUAAGGAGCAGAUUGAAAAGAUGAGAGAAGUUGUUGAGCUGCCUAUGCUUCACCCUGAGAAAUUUGUGAAGCUCGGGAUCGAUCCACCUAAGGGUGUUCUCUGUUAUGGUCCUCCAGGAACGGGUAAAACUCUUCUGGCUAGGGCUGUCGCGAAUAGAACUGAUGCUUGCUUCAUUCGUGUGAUUGGGAGUGAGCUUGUUCAAAAAUACGUUGGUGAGGGAGCUCGGAUGGUCAGAGAACUUUUUCAGAUGGCGCGCUCAAAGAAGGCCUGUAUUGUGUUUUUCGAUGAAGUGGAUGCGAUUGGAGGAGCUCGGUUUGAUGAUGGUGUGGGCGGAGAUAAUGAAGUUCAGAGGACUAUGCUGGAAAUUGUGAAUCAGUUGGAUGGCUUCGACGCUCGUGGAAAUAUUAAAGUCUUGAUGGCAACAAACAGGCCUGAUACGCUGGACCCAGCCCUACUGCGGCCAGGACGAUUGGAUAGGAAGGUCGAGUUCGGCCUUCCCGACUUGGAGAGUCGGACACAGAUCUUCAAAAUCCAUACAAGAACAAUGAAUUGUGAAAGGGACAUUCGGUUUGAACUGUUGGCUCGUCUCUGCCCAAAUUCAACUGGAGCUGAUAUUAGGAGUGUUUGCACGGAAGCUGGGAUGUAUGCCAUAAGAGCCCGAAGGAAGACGGCAACAGAGAAGGACUUCCUCGAUGCUGUUAACAAGGUCAUAAAGGGGUAUCAGAAGUUCAGUGCAACACCGAAGUACAUGGUUUACAAUUGAGCAGAGGACUUAUUCUAGUGUGUUUCCAGAUCCCAUCAAGAAUUGAUUGAUGCAUUCUCUGGUGGGAUGGUUUCGGCUGCUUCAUGUUUGUUGUUUAAACUUUGUAUUUUGCUUGUUUUAUAAACUAAUCUCGUACAAUUUAUGGUUCACUAAGCUGGUCCAACCGAAAAAUGAUCCGACACUUGUUUUUCUUGCCACACCAAUUGCUAGACAAUUUCUUUUGCAGCUAUUCCAAGUGGUGAUGGUGAAUGUUUACAAUUCUUGUGUUGAAA